CACCGACCACCGGAAAAAGCAGAAACCGGAAGCUGCUAGCAGAGCUAGCUUGUUGUUGUUCUGGUGUGUGAGGAGAAUAUUUGAGGCUCUGCAGUAAAAAUGUCUUCACUUCAGUCUCUGGGAGAGUUGAUCAGCUAAAGCGACUAACUGCUGCUGCUGCAGAAAUCUUCUCACCAGGCUGUGGAAAAUUUCUUCUCCUCCUCAACAACUUGGUGGAGUUCUUUCCAGAACCAGAGAAGAUAUUCUGCGGUCUUCGUGACAAUCGGAGCUCCAGAAUCAGGUUGUGGGAUCAUCCAUCAGCUGGGACUGAUCCAUCCUGCUCACACUCUCCGACGGAAACGCCCCGAAUCUGAAUGUGACUCUGGAGGAAAAAGCGGUUAGCUCUACUCCGUGAACUCAGCUGUUAGCUAAACACGGCUAAAGAAAACCUGCUACCACUUCAGGAUCAUCCAUCAGCUGGGACUGAUUCAUCGUGUGUUCUUCACCACCUGGACCUGGACAGCAUGGACACAGGUGUUCAACAGAUGGUGCAGGUUAAAGAAGAUCCUGAAGAACAGAGUGCGGGUGUGGAACAGCAGGACCCAGAACAUCUCCACAUAAAGGAGGAAAAUGAGGAACUCUGGACCAGUCUUAGGGGAGAGCGUCUCUGUUUGAAGGAGGAGACUGAUUCUGCCUGGUUUCAGUUCAGUGCUGUUUCUAUAAAGAGUGAGGAUGAUGAAGAGAAACCUCUGGCCUCACAGCUUCAUCAGCAGCAAAUAGAAGACAGAGAUGUUCCAACCAGCAGCUCAUCUGACCAGAUGACAGCAGAAAUUUGUGGAGUAUCAGGAACUAGCAGGAAUCCAGAUCUGAACCCUCAUGAACAAACAUCUGAUUCUUCAGAGACUGAAGUUAGUGGAGAUGAUGAUAAGAAUCUAGACUCUGGGAUGUCAGACUCUGGGUCUGAAACUGGAGACGAAGACCAUGACUGGAAUGAGAAAAGGUCUUCUGAGUCAGAUGUUAAGACAGUCAACAUAUCUUUUAGCUGCCUUGAGUGCGGUGAACAAUUUCAUGACAAGCAGUCUCUCCAGAAACAUGUGAGAGUAACCAGUCAUUCAGUAAUCAGAUCUUCCAGCUUUUGGGGUAAGAAGAAAUCGGUUAGACUUAAGCAACCCGUAGACUCAUAUAGGGAAGUUCAGAAAGAACUAAAAUCAUUUAGUUGUGGUGACUGUGGAAAAAUAUUUAGUACAAAAUCAAGUUUUAACAGACACCAGAGAAUCCACACAGGACAGAAACCUUUUGUCUGUGAGCUAUGUGGACAAAGAUUUACCCGUAAGUCAAAUUUAAACAGUCACGUGAGAGUCCACACAGGACAGAAACCUUUUUCCUGUGAGCUCUGUGAACAAAGAUUUACCCGUAAGUCAAAUUUAGACAGUCACAUGAGAGUCCACACAGGACAGAAACCUUUUGUCUGUGAGCUCUGUGGAAAAAGAUUUACCCAAAAGUCGACUUUAAGCGAUCACAUGAGAGUCCACACAGGACAGAAAUCUUUUGUCUGUGAGCUCUGUGGAAAAAGAUUUACCCAAAAGUCGCAUUUAAGUGAUCACAUGAGAGUCCACACAGGACAUAAACCUUUUGCCUGUGAGCUCUGUGGACAAAGAUUUAAACAGAAUUCAGGUUUAAACCAUCACAUGAGAAUCCACACAGGGCAGAAAUCUUUUGUCUGUGAGCUCUGUGGAAAAAGAUUUACCCAAAAGUCGAAUUUAAACACUCACAUCAGAGUCCACACAGGAGAUAAACCUUUUGCUUGUGAAUUCUGUGGAGAAAGAUAUGGACAAAAGAACAAUUUAUUCAAGCACAUGAGAAUCCACACAGGAUAGAAACCUUCUGUUUGUGAGCUCUGUGGACAAAAUUAAAGUGACUGUGUGUACGUUCCCUGGCAAUAGUGGGCAGUACAAACCUAAAUGAUUGCAAGCAAGCAGUAUGUUUGUGUUCAAGUAUGACUUGACCAAUGUAUGGCUAUUAGGGUCAAAAACCUCUGCACUUUUCAAACAUGUACUUCAUCAGAUCUCUGCUGUGGGGGUGGGGGUUGGGUGUUUGUGCUCCCGACUGACCCAUCUUCAGUUGUGAUAAGUAUUUAUGCUUCUGUGUUUUUACACAGCUUUUAACUCAUUCACUGCCAGCCGUUUCCUGAUCAGAAAGGCGCUUUGCUGUCACUUUAUUUUUAAGAGUCACAGAACGUUGCGCGCUAGGAUGAUGCCAACACCAAAACUAACAAAACAAAGAGUAGACUCACCACUUAAAUCAGGAAGAAUCCGCGAGUUUCAAGCAUUAUCCAUUUUUUCGUAUUCUGUUGUUGAAUUAUGAUCGGCAGAAGCUUUUCCGGUUCGAGCUUCACUUUUUUUACAGCAACGGUCCAAAACGAUCUCCUAACACAUGGAUUUUCUGCUUCCUGAUCACAUGAUGUGACAUACGCAGAUGAAGAUCGGCUUUAGAGCUGGGAUGUUUGUUCUCACGGUGAGUCCAUCCAUCUAUCCAUUUUCAUCCGCUUAUCUUGAGUCGGGUUGCAGGGGCAGUAGCCUAAGGCAAGAGGCCCAUACUUCCCUCUCCCGGCCACUUGGGCCAGCUCCUCCAGGGGAAUCCCAAGGCGUUCCCUGGCCAGGUGAGAGACAUAGUCCCUCCACCGUGUCCUGGGUCUACCUUUAGGUCUCCUCGUCUCCUCCCGGUUGGACGUGCCCGGAAAGGAGGCAUCCUGACCAGAUGCCCGAGCCACCUGAACUGGCUCCUCUCGAUAUGGAGGAGCAGCAGGUCUACUCCGAGCCCCUCCCGAAUGACCGCGCUUCUCACCCUAUCUCUAAAGCCCGGUUUAUGCUUCUCCAUCAGCUCCGCAAGGGACAGACACACACGGAUUGACAGAAGCGUUUUGCUCUCAUACUUCUCCGUCUCCUGGAGAGUGUUGCAAAGCAAUUGCCCGGCAGGACCACAGAGGGCGUAGCACUGUUCUGUGGUAUCCUGUCAUGUAUCGGUCCAAGAUGGUGUGUUUAUAUUGUGUUUUUUGUGUGUAUAAGAGACGGAGAAGCAUAAAUCAGGCUUUAGGGAGAACCCAGCCACUCUUCGAAGAAAACUCAUUUUGGCCGCUUGUAUCCGCAAUCUCGUUCUUUCGGUCACUACCGAAAGCUCAUGACCAAAGGUGAGGGUAGGAACGUAGAUUGACUGGUAAAUCGAGAGCUUCACCUUCUGGCUCAGCUCUCUCUUCACCACGACAGACCGGUACAACACCCGCAUCACUGCAGAUGCAGCACCAAUCCGCCUAUCGAUCUCAUGCUCCAGUUUUCCCCUCACUCGUGAACAAGACCCCGAGAUACUUAAACUCCUCCCCUUGAGGCAGGACCUCAUCCCUGACCUGGAGAAGGCAUUCUACCCUUUUCCGAAUCAAGACCAUGGUCUCAGAUUUAGAGGAGCUGAUUCUUAUCCCAGCUGCUUCACACUCGGCUGCGAACUGCUCCAGCGAAAUCUGAAGAUCACGUUCUGAUGAAGCCAACAGGACCACGUCAUCUGCAAAAAGCAGAGACCUGAUCCUCAGGGCACCAAAACGGAUGCCCUCCACACCUUGGCUGUGCCUCGAAAUCCUGUCCAUAAAGGUUAUGAACAGAAUCGGUGACAAAGGGCAGCCUUGGCAGAGUCCAACUCUCACUGGGAACGAGCACGACUUACUGCCGGCAAUGCGGACCAAGCUCUAACACCAGUCAUACAGAGACCUAACAGCCGAUAUCAGAGGGCGUGGUACCCCAUACUCCCGGAGUACCACCCACAGGGCCCCCCGAGGGACGCGGUCAAAUGCCUUCUCCAAAUCCACAAAACACAUGUAGACUGGUUGGGCAAAUUCCCACACACCCUCUAGGAUCCCCUGACUCUGCCAGACUUUCCCUGCAGACCCUCGCAAUAUGUUUCGGCCUGCCUGGUCUGACCGGCAUCCUCCCCCACCAUCUGAGCCAACUCACCACCAGGUAGUUGUCAGUUGACAGCUCAGGUGAUUCUCAUUUUUUUCUAUACAUGGAAUCCAUCCUUUGCUUCAGUUUUCACCAAACACAAUAAAAUAUAGAUCCAUUGCAUAUUAUUGUUUACAUCAAGGUAACUGAGCACAUCCACACUAGCUGUAGGGCUAGAACCCCGUCACCAGCCGUUACCCAGAGCUGUUUCUCCAUGAUUUAAGCUAACAAAAUAAAAACUAGGGAUUUAAAUAUGACUACUUUAGAUUAUUUAACACAUCUUGGUGUAGAUGAACAAAAAAUAAACAUCUCUAAGCUAAUGAUGUUUAGCACAAAACUUCCAGAUGAGUUUGAAAUAGCUAGCUAGCUAGACGACAGUCCUCAGAACUGGCUGUCUGGAGUUCGCACAGCUGAACCGAAUGAGUGUAAGGAGCAUAAUUAUAUAAUAAAAGUCCUUAGAUGGCAGCUAUAAUUUGUUAGUUUCUGGACAUGUGAGGUAGAUAUUUUACUUUAAUUCUGUCACAAGUCUGUCUCCCACUAUGUGGAUGGUUUAGCCACUAGAACUGCCUUUAGUUUAUUUUAUUAGCCGGAAACCUAUAAAAUUUAAUUUUCUGUUCUUCAUUCAUCUACUUGUGCAGCCUACAGUACUGUGUGUGUUUUCUAGUUUUAGUCUUCAGUGUUUCGUAUCUAAUUCUAUUGUUCAUUUUUGUUUUGUCCUUUAUUGCUGGAAAACAUAUUCAGUUGCCUUUGUUUGGCAAAUGUGCUAUAUAAAUAAAGCUGUCUUGUU